GCUGACUGCAAGCUCACAGCCCGAGGCCACGUUCGCUUUUGGAACCAGCUCUUGUAUCUUGCGCCAAAGUUUCUGGUCGCGAGUUACUCGCUGCCAAUGUGAGCUCAAUUUGUUUCACUAGGCUCUAGCAAUGACGAGCCCACGAGGGCUCGGAGUUUGAAAACCCCCGAAACCGAGCGUAAGCGCCCCAACUGCGGCGAACUUGUUCGAUAGGGUAUCAUGUUGACGGCUUUAUCAGCAUGAGGUCGAGAGGCGUAGUCUUAGACGAGCCGCAGAGGUGCAGCACCAGAAUCCGCAGCCUUUGUCAUUAGCACAGGAAACAAAGUCUGGCCGCACCCUCGGCUUCUGUGGGAUCACUGCAAUGCCAUCAGCCAGUGGAAGCAGUGGCGGGGGCGUACCACCGCCAAGCACAACGGGUGAUGGGCGGUUGGGUACCGGCGCUCGCGGCGCUGGCGCUGGCCGUGCCCCAAUGGCCCCGUUCGCUCCCGAGGAUGCGCAGGUGGGCGUGCAGCUCACUGAGAUGAACAGCUUCUUCACCCUGUUGCACACGUGGCUGCUGCCCGGAGCGUCACCCGCCAAUACGGGUAGCGAACGCCUGAAGAAGUGGGGACCUGGUACACAUCAUCACACCUACGCUGGCGGCGGGUGCACGCCCGUGAUCGGCGCUAGUGGCUGGACCACGCCUGGCGCCCGUACAGAAACCACGCCUCGCCACCCUUUCUCAGCCGGUUCGCUCUCCGCGGCCUCGCUGGCAGCGGCCGCCGCCACCGCGGCCGCCUCCGUGGCGGCGUCCCGCGCCAUCUCUUGCUCGGACGUGGGCGUGGACGCGUGCCUUGAGGCAAUCACGGAGGAGACGGCUGCCGAGGCUGCUUCAAAGGCGGGCUCAGGCACGCAGCAGCGAGUGCAACGGGCAGGUGCGCCUGAGCAGAAGCCAGAGCAGGAGCAGGAGGCGGCGGAGGCGGCAGGGCCAGCAGGGGCGCUGGGGCAGCAGCAGCCCCAGCAUGAGGGGCACCAGGCGCAGCAGGAGCAUGUCGGUUCGGUCGGGUCAGAGGCCGCGGCGGAAUGCACACAAGGAGUGCACAUGAAAGCGGGACGCGACGCAGUGGCUGCAAGUACAGCAGUCACGCCUGCACAGCCGCUGGUGGCGGCGACAGCUGCCACUGCUCCCCAGGAAGCGUUUGCUCCGGUGGGGCAGCUGUCCCUUGCGUCCGGUGCCGCGCCUGCUGCGGAGGCUGACCUACCGGAUCCCCAGCAGGUCAAGCCAGGAGCGCAGCUGCAGGCGCCCGACGCGGCGGCCAAUGGCACGUCAGCAGGCGCCAUCAGCUCGGCUGGGCACGCAACAGCCACAACGGCCCCGCAAUCGCUUUCGAUUGCACCUGCUGAUGCGACAUCGCUGCAACAGGAAAAGGUGCAGCGGCUGGAGCAGCAGGAGGUACUGCCUGCCGCUGCCGCUGAGACCUCAUUGGAGGAGCGCCCUUGCCCUGACGUGGUGGCAGCAGCACGGCAUUUGGAGGCGGAAGUUGCGCAGCCGGGUGCGCUCACAAGCUCUGAGGCGGCUGCAGCUGAUACCGUGGCUUGCACGAGCGCGGACGAUGCCACUGGAGUAGGGCAGCAGCAGCCUAACGACAGCAGCAGCACCGCGGACGCAACUGCUGCACGGCCGACGGCCACAGUGUCCCCGGCGUUGCCAGGCGCUGCGGCGACUGAGCAGCCACACGCUGACCAGCCCGAGGCUCUGGUUGACUCCGUCACGUCCAGCAGCACCACCACACUCGCGUACGCCCGCAACAGCGUGAGCGGCGCACCGGAGGUGCAGGCAGCCGCGCGCCUGGCUUCGGCCGGGGCCGAGGCGGUGCCACAACUGCAGGAGCUGGCGCAGCUGCCCCCCGUGGGCGUGUUCCGCCGCUCAUCAGAGUGCUGCGUCCUCCUGACGGACACGGGGGCGGCCCCACGGGCCCUCGGCCACUUCUCUCGCGGCAGCACUCCCGGCGGCACGCCCACAGCUGCUGCCGCCGCCACCUCUGCUGUCAUGGGGUUGCGUCCGCAGGUGCCACAGGCGGACACGCCGGGCCCCAGCUGCACCUCCUCGCCCGCAAGUCAAGUGUCUCCGGUCGCUGCCGCCGCGGCGGACGGCCCUGCGGACCCGCACGCCGGCAGCACCACACCCACCCGCAGCGCCACCACCGCGCGCGCCAGUGCGGUGGUCCCGCCAGCGGCAGCCACAGCCACUACCACGGCAGCGGUGCGCGCCGGUGUGCUGAACGCCCACGGGUCAACGCCAACUGGCGUCGACGCCAGGCACGGUGCCAGCAGCACUGCUCACGGUGGGCCCGGGAGCGGCGGAAGCGGCUUCCCAGGCUUCGCUCAUUCAUCAGCCACCUGGGACGCAGUGGCGGCGCGCCUGAGCGGGUCGGGCGCUGGCGGCAUGAGCGCUGUCAGCGCCGGCCGCACCUCCUGCUGCUCCACCACGGACUGGCUGCACCGGCCCGCCUCUACCACGGGCGUUGACGCCGGCAGCUGCGACGGCGGCGACGGUGCGUCUGUGGCUGACUCAACCACCAGCAUCGACUCGGGCGCCAACCCAAUGGCCGCUGCCCACGCCGCACGACUGGCGUUUCGCUCGUCCUUCACCGGCAAUAAGACCCCCACGCUGUCGCCCAUGGCAUCACUGGACGGAAUGGCCGGACAGGCAGAGCCGUCAGCAACUGCUGCGUUCCAGCAGCCGGCAGUUCGUCUGGCAGCGCAGCCUGACCCAGCACAAUCGCAGCCUAUGUCGGCCCCCGCGUCCGCCCUGUCCGGCCGCGGCACCAGCCAGCUGCCGGAGCAGCAGCUCCCACGGCCGCCGCUGCAGCAUCCCCAGCUGGCCGCGAUGGUGCUGCGCGAGCGCUACGCAAGCAUCAGCGGCGGCAGCAGCAGCUCCUCACCGGCCGGCGCUGCACACGGCACCCUCGCCGCCGGUACACCUGGCGCCGGAACUCCGGGCACCAAGGCAGCUCUGCUGGCGGCGGAGGGCAGCGCCGGCGGCAGCCCCUGCUCCCCCAGUCUGCCGCCGCCGCCGCUGUGUCGCCCCAACACCUGGAGCUGCAGCGGCAACGAGGACGCCCUGCUGCAGUCCAACCUGGGUCCAGGCACAGGCACAACCACAGGGUCAGGGGCGGGCCAGGCCGCAGCAAGGGCAGGAGGUCCUCUGUCAGCCGCGCAGCAGCAGGCCGCGCACCACCUGCAUGCGCGGUACCAGCAGCAACAGGUACAGCAGCAGCAGCAGCAGCAGCAGCAGCAGCAGCAGCAGCAGCAGCAACAGCAGCAGCCAUUUCAGCGGCAGUCGUUGCCGGGCAGCAGCACGCAGCACCAGUACCUGCAUGAGCGCCUUGCGGCCGCAAGCGACGCCGCCUCAGCCGCGUCGGCGCUCAGCGAGAGGGCCCUGACGGAUGCCACGGCCACAGCCGCUGCUGCAGGCGGCUCUUCACCGGCGCCGGCGUCCGGUGAUGCCUCCGGUCGCCUGCCGCCCGCGGGUGCGGUGCUAUCGGGGGCGGAGCCGCUGGCAGCGCUACCAGCGGCGGCCACAUUCAUGCCCAGCCCUCGCUGCCUGGCAUGCGGCACGGCCAGCAUGGCGCUGACACAGGCGCGGCUGCAACUGGAGGCGCUGGCGGCGCGGCACACACAGCUGUGGCGGCAAUACGAGCGGCUAGGCGCCACCGCCUCGGCCACCGAGGCCCGCUGCUCUGCGCUGGAAGAGACAGUGCGUAGGCAGGAGGCGGAGCUUUCGGCGCUGAGGACCGCAGCAGCAGCGGCGGCGACCGCCACAGCGGCGCUUCAGCAACAGGAGCGGGUGCUGCAGGAACUGCGCGCAGCUGUCUCCGCGAGUGCCACCGCCGCUGCCUCGGUCCGCAGUGGCGGCACCACGCCUCGCUCGCCGCACACCGCCGGCAGCUCGCCGCGUGCCUCGGUCAUGGGCAACGGCGCCGUCCCAGUUCUGGGCGGCAUCACCCUGCUGACGUCCCCGAGCCCUGGCGGCCUCAGCCCCAGCUUUGCACCCAGUCCCGCAAGCAGCCGCGAGCUCAGCCAGACGCCCACGCCGUUGCAGAUGAGCAGCCCUGCCAGCGCCCUGGCCGGUGCGGGCGCCUGGGCCGGCGGUGGUGCCGAUACCGAGGCCGCUGCCCGGGCUGCCGCUGGCUUGCGAGCCGCCGGCGCGCGCAGCCUGAAGCAAAUGCGAUACCCGGCGGGUGUGGCAGAUAGCUAUGACGGCGACCGCGGCAGCGAGCAUGGCGACAGUCGCAGCGGCCACCGCAGCAACUCUGGUGCAGGUAUUCGCUUCCACACCAACCCGUUGCCGCUGCUCGCGGCGUCGGGCGGUUUAAGCAGCGCGCGAGAGAGCCUGCAGGAGGGUGGGGGCAGGCAGAGUGAAGAGGGCGGUCUGUGGGGCCUCCUUAGUAAGGGUGCAAGCGGCAGCGGCAGAGGCGAGGCAGGCGUGGACGCCGCCAUCGUCAUCGGCGGGGGCGACGUUGAUGAUGGUCACAGCAGCGACAGCGGCAGCGAAAUAGCGGCCCUGGUACGAGCACUGGGCGGCCGUGUCACAGGUGGGGCAGCGCCCGCUGCCGCUGCAACCACUGGCACAGGCGCUGGCAGUGACCGCGGCGGUGUGGCGCUCAGAAGCAGCACCACUACAAGGCUGAUGCAGCUUGCUUCAGCAGCGCCGCCAGUGCUUCGCUCCGCAAGCGGCGGAAUCGGGCGCCAUUCCCGUAUCCCUGUGCUGUCCAUGCCGCAACUGAGCCUUCCCAUGGAGUCGGCGCAGGCGCCCCAGCCCCAGCAUCAGGAGUCCAGCGCGGACACGCGUGACGCUGGCUGCGCCACCCCCACGCGCUCACUCUCCAUUGUUGGCGGCGCCGUAGCAGCCAAGGUGGCAGCACUGGCGGCGGCGGCAGCCACUGCGAGGCCACCGGGGCUUAUGUCACCGCCCGGCAGCAGCGGCCGCGCUGCCAAGCCUGUGGUGCUGGCGAUGUCGCCGGUGGUCCCGCGCGCGAUGAAGUUUGGCACUGGCAUGACGUCACACAGCAACCCGGUGGCGGCGGCGGCGGAAGCAUCACGGCAGCGGGCCAAGAGCAGCCCCAUGCCCUGGGUCAACAUAACGUCCAACCCGCUGGCGCUGGAGGAGGAAGAGGAGGAGCGCCGCGCGGAGGGUCGCUGAUUGACGGCUUUAACGCAACGGGCGUAGCGAACGAGCGUGACUAUGUAGAAUAGGGCGAAGGGGUAUUAAGCGGAGGGCGGUAGGAUGUGAUGCAAUGCGCGUACUAUUUACGACCCUAAGUGUGUAUUUAUCUCCUCAGCGAGGCUUUGAUGGCGGUACAGAGAGCGGAGGCUGAUGAACAAGACGUGGAACAGAGUUGGUUAGGCUGGUCGGGAAGUUGCAAUGGUUGCGGGAUGUGAGCUCGUCUGAGAUGUGGAUAUCGGGGUGCUGGGGUUCCGGUCUGGUGACUAUGUUGUGUUUUGCGUGUUGCAUCGUGGCGCAAGGCGCUCGCCGUCGCAGGUUUCUGGGCUGGUUGUGAGCUGCGACGUGGAAGGGUAGGCGUAGUAUGGGUGGAGGUGACAAGAAGCUGCACAACAACAUGUUGCAGGGAUGGUUUGCGGCUUGGAAAGUGAUUGCAGGAGCUUUGUUGAUGGUUCUGGUACUGAGGCGUGCGCGGACACGGCCAUACACUUUCCAUGGCCGCCGGCGGCGGCGGGGCCGGGCUGAGAGCCUGAACGGCGCUAGCAGGGCGUGGGGCUGAGGGUGCACGUGUCGAUUGGCGGCGAGUGACGUGACUAGUUUGUUUGCUGCGGGUUAGCACGGACUGUGCACCCCACCCAACCGGCCACGUCCGGAUUUGCGGGGAUGCCAAAGGCCCCCAACAUAGAGGCGUGUGCAGUUUGCGUGUGCUUAGUAGGCGCCCGCGUCAAGGUGGCUGGGUUGAUAACGACCCGGGAGGGGAGGGCUCAGCCCUUUUCCUGCCUCCCUAAGGCAGCCACCUCCUUGUUGCAGAAGGGCAUUUCCUUCCUACCUGGCCAACGUCCAUUGGCCGUUGCAUUGGCGCCCCAUUUGAGUGCGCUCAGGCUGAAAACCUGUCUACGUGAGUCAGGACAUACGGCGAAGACCAGAGGUCUCAACUGUGCGUGCUGAAGUCCCUAGCGCCGUACGGCAGUUCCAGAGGGUGUAAUGGAACCUGCGGACAAGACUAUCCUGCCUCAGCCCAUACUUCCCUGCCUUAGCCCUUGAUAUGUUGGCGUAGUCGCAACGCCCAAUUUCGAGGAAUUCGUCUGGACAUUGUUUGUGAAGACAUUUAUGAGGACAGCGAUGGAGGCACGUGUCUGCACGCUGUCCCGGAUGCUGGGUGUGCGAUGGGACAGUUGUAAGGCAGGUUGGUGAAGUCCCGUAGGGUGCACGCUGUCCCGGAGGCUGGGUGUCAAGGACCUAAGUGGUAUGCUGAGUACGGAGCUGUUGAGUGGUAGAUAUGAGACCAGAGAGCCUGGGAUCGGGCUGCUACAAUGAUGUGUGUGGUCAUUUGUUGACCAUAAAGCUAGCAACUCGGAACAACAUGGCGCA